AUGCCGUUGAUCAUCCAACGGCUUUUAGGUGAUGGAUAUCAGUCUCCAGCUGGGAGUAGUAGUGGAAGUGCUGCUGCUGUUGCGGCUUAUGACUGGCUUGACUGUGCGAUCGGCACUGAUACAAGUGGAAGUGGUCGUCGACCAGCACAACUAUACGCCGAGAGACACGGUAGCCAAAAGCCUCAUGUGAUCCCCUUUGUUCAACGAAGAUGGGCUCAAGGUGCCUCUGUUUCUGACGCCGAGCAUGAAGAAGCUACGCGACGACUACUCGUUUACAAAAAGUUGCUUCUUGAUCAAUUGUUUGGGGACGAGAAAUUUGAGACGUUGGUCAUUCUUCCAGUCGCUGAAGUAAAAUCUGUUUAUCGUCAUGAGAAGAUCGAAUCACCUGAGAAUCAGUCUGCAUGUGACGAGCUUUUUCUCUCACCUAUUCUUGGGGCACCCGAUGUCGUUAUACCAAUAGGAGAGAUGUCAUAUUAUUCAAGGAUCAGCAACAUGAUUGAGUAUCUGCCAGUAGUGGCCAAUCUUGUCGCCGCACCGGGUCGAGAUCAUGAGAUUUUGGAGGCGGUUGAAGUAACACCUGAGAGGUCUAAACGGCCCAAGGUAGUUUAUACAGGGUCCAGGAUAUUUAGUCCAGGAUAUGACAAGAUCGGCUCGACAUCAUCAAUCUGCCAUCAGAUAGGGUUCUACGAUAAAGUGCCGGUCCUAAUCUCUCAUCAAAUCAAAUACUGUCGUACGACCAAUACACCGCAAUUUCACUAG